CUGAAAGAUGCAUAGUUCAAGGCAGCAACAACCCUUUUUCACACUGUGUCCAUAAUUUAAGACAUUUUCAAGAACGACGCAUCGCAACCACGAGUGAUAAAUUUGCUCGCUCUAUACUACUAUCCUUGAUUCAACAAAGACACAGGACUCCAAAACCACAAGCAAAGUGACUCACAGAGCUGUGAAGCUACCGGCAGCACACCUUUCCACAAUGCCACCAAUUCCAAUUCACAAGAACUCACCUAUUGCGCCAACUACAGCCGCAAAAGCAGACGCCAUAACGCCCGAGACUGCGUCCUCGAACAACACUGCAACCAACCCACCACCUACCCGCACCACGCCCGCCCAUGUUCCCGCAACAACCACACAAUCGUCGUCGUCGCCUCCCGCACCACAGCCCGGCGCCCGCCCUGUUGCCUCCACAGCGCCAGUAAGCAGCGACGGGUACAACACCAAUGGGAUACCAGCGCCCCCACAGCCGGGUCCUACAGCAACGGUAGUGACAACAGAAACGCGACAAAUCGGUCCGCCUCCCCAAUUUAACCGUCCACCACCGUCGGACUCGAUGCUGGCAGGUCGCUCAACAGUGACUACAACGAAUCCUACCUUGUCUACGGCUAGCAAGCCUGGUCCAACGACCCUGAACUUUGGUCCUGCUGCUUCGCCCUUUCAAACACUGGACUCUGGCAAUGCGGUACCACAGCCUACAAGAACGAGCUUAGAGCAUCCUCCCGGCUAUGUCCAAGCACCAGACAACGCCCCCUACACUGCUGGAGGCGGCAUUGGUGCGCCGAGCAGAGUGGACCGAGGUGAUGGAGGUCAAGGCGAGGGUGUGGGAGCACAGGCCUGGCAGUUGUUGAGCAAGGCAGGAGAGGCGCUGAGGAAGGGCGAAGAGAACGUAUGGAAAACCAUCAACAACAAGAAUGGCGGUGGCUUCUAACCAAGAUGGUCAUCGUGGGUAGCAUUAGUGAGAUAUCAAAUUCAUAAUCAACCAAGUAUCCACUCAAACAUCACGUCGCAAGAGGCAUAUGUUUUGUACAAAGAAACCCAUGACUUUCUAUUGACUACUAUUUUCCCCAUUGCACCGAGCGAUGAAAAGAGGAAGUACAGUCAAAAACAGACAAAGCAAUGCAAGCCGG